AAACAUUUGCCCCAUUGGAUGGGGGGAGAGCUCCGACAUCGGAGAUCGAGAAUCUGGCAGUUCGAGAGCAUUUCGCUGAGGCGAUUGAGAUGGAGAUGGAGAGCACUGAGUUCAGUCGGUCGAAGGAGCACGCCCCGGGCAGUCGCCAAUUAAAUUUUUGGGGAAAGUAUUUGUAAACUAUUUGUGUUUGUAAAGGAGACCUAUAUUCGAAUUGCCCAAAAAUAUCUGCGGCAUGUUCAAAGUGUCACAGGAGAUGCGUCUCAACACGCAGGCCGCCAACUCCUCCUCCGCCUCCGCCACCAGUUCGAGUGGGUGUGGCCUGGAGGGCAAUAGUCCGGAGGAGGGCGGUAUUUUUGGACGCUACCAGCGGACGCCCGAUGCGGAUGCCUAUCCAUCGGAAUCGCCGCGCGUCUAUGUGGCACCCGAGCUGACCGACGCCGGCAAGGUGCAGCUGCUCCACUUUCCCAGCGGAGCGCUGAGGGUCAACAGCCCGCUGGGAUUCAUCAUCAAGCGGAACGGGGUCAAGGGUAACUUCGAGGUGCGCGUCGAGGGUCCCAGUGGCCAGCCCAUCCAACCCGUGCGGCUGCAGCAGCUGGACCCGGAGCGCUUCCAGAUUGAUUGCCAACUGGCCGCCGGAGCGGGUCUCUACAAGGUGCACAUCAAGUGCAAUUCCGUAACCCUGCCCCGCUCACCAUUCAUCAUCGUGGCCAUAGCAGGUGCUCCCGAAUCCAUCGAGGGCAAGUCCGCUAAUUCUUCUGUGCCCAUCUUGGAUUCGGAUGCCAGCAGGGUACAGAGCCGUGGCCUGGGCCUCACCCAUGUCAGCCUGGUGGAGCGCAAUGAGUUCACCGUGGACUGCGGCCAAGCGGGGAGCAACAUGCUCCUGGUGGGCGUGCUGGGGCAGCGCGGUCCCAGCGAGGAGGUGGUGGUCAGGCAUCUGGGCCGUGGCAUUCACAGGGUGACCUACCGGGUGUGCGAUCCCGGCGACUACAUCCUGGUGGUCAAGUGGGGGGAGGAGCACGUACCGGGCUCCCCGUUCAGCUUAAGUGCGGAUUAGCCGUAGAAAACAAAUGUGCCACUAUAAAUCAGCUGACCUUGAUGGGGCGCUGCUACCACCCAUCGGCCGUCUCCUCAAUGGAAUCCUGCGCAGCUCCUCCGGGCGAUGUGCACCCUAAUGGUGAUUGCCGAUGAUAGUCUUAUGGGUGCUCCAGCCGCGUUCCUUGCCGCUCUUUCCCGCCACUAAUGACGUUCGCAUUUUGGAGCUGAUGCUGUCGGCGCCUCACAACCUAAUGAUGAUGACCGGCGAAUGUGGGUAAACUGAGUAUGUGGGGGCAAAUAGCAAUCUGUACAGCCGAGGUUGAUGCAAUAGUCAGUAGUUUGAAAAAAAUAAAAAUACAACGUAUUAUAUGUUAACAUGCAUUUACCAAUAACAAUAUAUUAUAGCUUAUUGUGCACUUAAAUCGAUGUAAUAAAAUAAUAUGAUUAUAUCUUAAAAUUACAU